UCUCAUAGAAAAUAGGCGAUAAUAUGACUUCAAAACUAUUUCAACUGUUUGUAACGCAAUUUCUAAUUAUUAAGGUUAUGUCGUCAUACAUGCAGCCAUAUUCCCUGAGCCCUUACGUCACAAGAGAGUCGGCGCAAAUUCCGCAGAAGCCUUACGUUACAGAACGUGAAUACCAUAACUAUCCGUCGAACUACGCUCAUCCUACGUACAAGAAAUCUGAACCAGUUUUGGUACAAGUUCAACCAUCUAGAGCUCCACCAGACGUAACAAAUAUCAAGACUAUUCCAACACCAAAUAAUUUAGAAAUACCGAACAAAUGUUCAGGGAACUUAGACUCCCAUGUGCUUAAUAAUUUAGCGAUUGCUUUACAGCUUUUAAUUGUAAAUAAUAUUAUAAACAAUCCGCCACCUGAGCCAAAUCAUUUAGUUUCACCUUUAGCGGAAACGAUUUUAGGAAUGACAUUACCGGUAAAUAGUAAAUUGAGCGUCCAUGAUCAUGAAGCACCUUUCCAAAUGCCUAACGCUCAGUUCUUAGGUUCUUCAAACUUUGGUAACGACGUUAUGUCUAAAGGUAUGGUGGGCUUACCUUCCUUUGGGUCGCACUCAGCUUCACCGUUUUCUAGAUCUGGUAUUAACUUGAUGUCACCAUACGAUGCUAUAGCAAGUAGUGUGCCGUUGUCAGAAGCUAUCACGUCAUCCUAUUUGUCUAAAAAAGAUUUCCAAAGUCCAUACGCCGCAAUAUUGGCGGCAGAUUUGAAUAGAGACUUAUUCUCAAUGGAUUUUUUUUGAAAAUGUGUGUUAUC